AUGGCCCUGGACCAGAAAUCCCCCAACGUCCUGCUGCAGAGCCUGUGCUGCAAAGUGACCGGGAAGAGUGAGGCUGAGGUGGCGCAUCAGUUCCAGUAUGCAGUGCGAGUGAUCGGCAGUAACUACGCUCCGACCAUCGAGAAGGACGAGAUCCUGGUGACGGACAAGAUCAAGAAGGAACUGCUCAGACAGAGGAGAGUGGAGGAUGCUGCUGUCUUCUCAGAGCUGCACAAGAAGCUGCAGGGACAGGGUGUUCUGAAGCAUCGCUGGUCCGUCCUUUACCUCCUGCUGAGUCUGACUGAAGACCCAAGGAAACCCCCCUCCUCCCGGGUGGGUCCCUACAGUUCUCUCUUUGCUCAGCCUCUACCUCGGGACGCCCAUUCCACCCCCUUUUACUGCACCCGUCCACAGAGCCUCUCCCUGAGCUAUGAGGACCGGCUUCAGUCCGGGCUCGGGUCUGGACCGGGACCAGGUCUGGGCUCAAGUCUUGGCACCCGUGGGAUCUCGAGUCUGGGCGUGUACUCCGUGAAUGGACCCACACCCACACCUCAGUCUCUACUAGCCGGUCAGCCUCAGUCCGCUUCUCUCGCUUCCCGAUUAGCUUGGGCUCUGCCUGUAAACUCUGCCCCCUCUGCCGCCAUGGCCCCACCCACUGCCCGGCCCGUGCCUUCACCCAAACUGUCCCGCUCUCGACGGGACACCGACGCCACAGGGGAGGUGAGUGAAGCGUCGCUGGUGCGGGACAUUCUGUACGUGUUCCAGGGGAUCGAUGGGAGGUUCAUACGGAUGAAUGCUCAGGACGACUGCUACAAGAUCGACUCCAAGGUGGUGCUCUCCAAGUCUCUUCGUGACCUCAGCAGUCGGCUGUCAGAGCUCGGCUGGCUCCACAACAAAGUGCGGAAGUACACGGACUCUCGGAGUCUGGACCGGGCUUUCGGACUCGUGGGACAGAGUUUCUGCGCCGCUCUGCACCAGGAGCUGAAGGAGUACUACAGGCUGCUGUCGGUACUGCACUCCCAGCUGCAGGUGGAGGAGGAGCAGAUCACCACCUUGUCCUCAGACUCCUCCCUAACCCUGAGGAGGCUGCUGGUCUGGAUGUAUGAGCCGCGAUUCAGGCUCCGGACUCUGGCUGCGCUGGUGGACUUCUGCCAGGGCCGUAAAGGUGGUGAGUUGGCCUCUGCGGUUCAUGCUUAUGGUAAAACAGGAGAUCCUCAGAUGAGAGCUCUGAUCCAACACGUCCUGAGUCUGGUGUCGCAUCCCAUUCUGCACUGUCUGAACCGUUGGAUCUAUGACGGAGAGCUGGACGACACCUACCACGAGUUUUUUGUGGCGUCGGAUCCAAACGUGAAAACAGACAGACUUUGGCACGAUAAGUAUUCUCUGAGGAAGUCCAUGAUUCCGUCCUUCAUCUCCAUGGACCAGGCCCGGAAGGUCCUGCUCAUCGGUAAGUCCAUAAACUUCUUGCACCAGGUUUGCCAGGACCGGACUCCACCUGGGAAGAUCACAGCUGUGUCCAAGACCGCAGAGGACCCCAAAGCAGCUGCAGAGCUGCUGUGUGACCUGGAGGGGGCGUUCCAGGAGAAGAUUGAUGCUGCAUACUUACAUACAUCUAAGUAUCUGCUGGACGUUCUGAACCGGAACUACCUCCUGCUGGAGCAUCUGCAGGCCAUGAGGAGAUACCUGCUGCUGGGCCAGGGGGACUUCAUCAGGCACCUGAUGGACCUGCUCAAACCUGAGCUGGCUCGUCCGGCCACCACUCUGUACCAGCACAAUCUGACCGGGAUCCUGGAGACUGCGGUCAGAGCCACAAACGCCCAGUUCGACCACGCAGAGAUCCUGAAGAGGCUGGACGUGAGGCUGCUGGAGGUUUGCCCCGGUGACACUGGCUGGGACGUGUUCAGCCUUGACUACCAUGUGGACGGCCCCAUCGCCACGGUCUUCACCAGAGAGUGCAUGGGACAUUACCUGCGGGUCUUCCAUUUCUUAUGGAGAGCCAAACGGAUGGAGUACACGCUCACCGACAUCUGGAAGGGGCAGAUGUGCAACGCCAAGCUGCUCAAGACAAUGCCAGAAUUAUCUCGAGUUUUGCACCAGUGUCACAUCCUGGCCUCUGAGAUGGUCCACUUCAUCCACCAGAUGCAGUACUACAUCACCUUUGAGGUGCUGGAGUGUUCGUGGGAUGAGCUGUGGACGAAAGUGCAGCGUGCUCAGGACCUGGAUCACAUCAUCGUGGCUCAUGAGACUUUCCUAGAUUCAGUGAUCUGCAGAUGUCUCCUGGACAACAACAGCCGGUCGCUGCUGCAUCAGCUUCGCUCCAUCUUCGAUCAGAUCAUCGAGUUCCAGAGCGUCCAGGACUCACUGUACCGCUCUGCUCUGGAGGAGCUGAGUCUGAGGCUGCAAGAGGAGGAGAGGAGGAGGAAGAGAGAGGAAGAGGGCGAGUGGGGAGUGACCGCUGAGCAGGAAGCAGAGGAGAAGCGACGCAUCCAGGACUUUGAGAAGACUGUCCCCAAGAUGUCCUCUCAGCUGCUCCUCCUCACACACUUCUACCAGAGCCUGGUGCAGCAGUUCCUGGUUCUGCUCAUGACGAGUCCAGACGAGAGCCUGCGCUUCCUGAGCUUCAGACUGGACUUCAACGAACACUACAGAGCCCGGGAGCCGAGGCUGCGAGCAUCGUUAGGCACCAGCAGAGGGCGACGCCUGUCAAACAUCUAA